AUGAGAAACCACACUAUAACAACAUUUAUCCUACUGGGGCUGACCAAUGACCCACACCUGCAGAUUGUCAUUUUCAUCUUCCUGUUCGUGACCUACAUGUUGAGUGUAACUGGGAACUUCACGAUCAUUUCUCUCACCAUCAUGGAUUCACACCUUAAAACUGCCAUGUACUUUUUCCUACAAAAUUUCUCCUGCUUAGAAAUCGCAUUUACAACUGCUUGUAUUCCCAGAUACUUGUACAACAUAUCAGCAGGUGAUAAGACAAUCACAUAUGACAGUUGUUUCACUCAAAUUUUUUUUACAGAUCUUUUUGCUAUAACAGAAUUUUUUCUCCUUGCCACCAUGUCCUAUGACCGAUAUGUUGCCAUCUGCAAACCCCUGCAUUAUGUGACCAUCAUGAACACCAGGGUCUGUAGAAGACUCAUCCUUUCUUGUUGGACAGCUGGUUUGUUGGUCAUACUGCCACCAUUUAGCCUGGGACUAAAUAUGGAAUUCUGUGACUCUGAUGUUAUUGAGCAUUACAUCUGUGAUGCAUACCCCCUCUUCAAGAUCUCAUGCACAGAAACAUGGCUCUUAGAACAAAUGGUCCUAGUUUGUGCUGGGUUAUCCUUUAUCAUAACCCUAGUAUGUGUAGUAAUAUCCUACAUAUACAUCAUUAAGACAAUUCUACAAUUCCCUUCUGCCAAGCAAAAGAAAAAGGCCUUCUCCACCUGCUCUUCCCACAUGAUUGUGAUUUCCAUCACCUAUGGAAGCUGCAUCUUCAUCUACGUGAAGCCUUCAGCAAAGGACUCAGUGGCUAUCAACAAGGGUGUGUCAGUCCUCACCACUUCCAUCGCUCCUAUGCUGAACCCCUUCAUCUACACCUUGAGAAACAAGCAAGUCAAACAGGCCUUCAGUGACUCAGUCAAAAGAAUUGUGUUAGGAUUAAAGAAGCAAGGAAUGUUAGUAAUGUAG